AUGGCUUCUCUUAUUUCAUUAAUCCUUACUUUACUCUUCUUCUACCUUUCCUCCUCCGCCUCCGGCCGCCACCAGACCCAUAAGCCCCCCGUAAAACUAUCCCCUGCGAACCCUUCUGAUAACAUUAUUCGUGAAGCCUGUAAGGCAUCACGUGACCCACCCACAUGCGAGGCCUCGUUGGUUCAAUCCAAAAACGUGCCUCCAGACGCCACUAUUCUGCAAGUGAUUCAAUCUGCCAUGUGGGUUUCGGCCCAGAAUCUCGAGAAGGCCAAAUCAAUGGUGGGGGAAAUCCUGGACGCGUCUACAGGUAAUCUAAACAGGUCGAACGCCGCGAAAACUUGCCAGGAGGUGCUGCGUUAUUCGGAUUACCGGAUGGCUUUGACGAAUGAGGCUCUUCCGCGUGGCAAGAUCAAGGACGCGCGUGCUUGGAUGAGCGCCGUGUUGGUGUUCGAGUACGACUGCUGGUCGGCUUUGAAGUACGUGAACGGCACUUCCCAAGUCGACAAAACGAUGGCGUUUUUGAAUUCACUGAUCGGAUUGAGCAGCAACGCGUUGGGAAUGAUGUGGAAUUACGACAAUUUUGGCGAUAAAACCGGGACUUGGGGUCCACCUAAGACUGAGCGGAUCGGAUUCUGGGAGGGAGGGUCCGAUUCUUCCGGACCCGGGUUCAUAGGAGGGGUGCCUAAAGGACUGAAACCGACCGUGACGGUGUGCAGUAGAGGUGGCUGCGAUUUUAAAACGGUUCAGGACGCAGUGAAUGCCGCGCCGGAAAAUGCUGGGGCGGGGAACCGGUUUGUAAUAUGGAUUAAGGCCGGGGUUUACGAGGAAACGGUUCGGAUCCCCUUGGAGAAGAAGAAUGUGGUAUUUUUGGGUGAUGGCAUGGGAAAAACUGUCAUUACGGGCUCGAUGAAUGUCGGCCAACCCGGGAUGUCUACGUAUAAUUCUGCCACUGUUGGAGUCGUUGGCGAUGGAUUUAUGGCAAGUGGUCUCUCUAUCCAGAACACGGCUGGACCCGAUGCUCAUCAAGCAGUAGCCUUCCGGCUAGAUAGUGAUCUCUCCGUGAUAGAAAACUGUGAAUUCCUUGGCAACCAAGACACGCUAUAUGCCCACAGCUUACGCCAGUACUACAAGUCGUGUCGCAUCCAAGGAAAUGUGGACUUCAUAUUCGGAAACUCAGCUGCAUUUUUUCAGGACUGCCUCAUCCUAGUUGCACCUCGGCAAAUCAAACCGGAAAAGGGCGAAAACAAUGCUGUGACAGCUCAUGGCAGAAUUGACCCUGCCCAAUUUACGGGUUUUGUCUUUCAAAAUUGUAUAAUCAACGGCACUGAUGCAUACAUGGCUUUGUAUUAUAGCAAACCCAGUGUACAUAAAAAUUUCCUCGGUAGGCCAUGGAAGGAAUACUCGAGAACGGUUUUUAUACACUGUACUUUGGAGGCUAUCAUUAAACCAGAAGGAUGGAUGCCUUGGAGCGGUGAUUUUGCUUUGAAAACUCUUUAUUAUGGGGAAUUCGGGAACGUUGGGCCCGGAGGUAAUGCGUCAGGAAGAGUAGCUUGGAGUAGCCAGAUUCCAGCUGAGCAUGUUUCUUCAUACUCCGUUCAGAAUUUCAUCCAAGGAGAUCAAUGGAUUCCCACAUCUUCUUGA